AUUUGACUGUUAUGACAAUGGCGUUUGCUCGCUCACGUGAUUUUAUCCGUACGCAUGAUUUUCUGCUGUGUACUUAGCUUCUUUACAAAUCCAAAUAUAGCUUUAAGCUUUCAGGGCAUUUUUGUCAAAAUUGAGAAGGAGCCUGGGCCUGUUCAUUUUGUGAAAAAGCGCUAUAUGUAAUAAAAUUGUGAAAAAAAAUCAAAUUAUUUGGCAUUCCGCAACAUCAGUUUGCUAUAAACGCUUGAUUAUAAUUUCUGACAUUGUAAAAUCUGCUUCAAGUAAGUUCUUUAACCCGGUUUACAUGCGCUAAAACCAUUUAACUUGAUUAAACCUAUGUCCGUGUUAUUGCAAUUUGCGUAAAUCUAGUUUUACCGGAAGGUAAACAAUGUAUUCCGAAGACAAAGUCCCAAUUAUUCGUGAAAUCUUUUUGAUAAUUGUGAAUUUUUUUCCCGCCACUUUGUGAAAAAAAUGCAAUUUUAAAUUGUGAAGGGUCCUUAUAUCGGCCUCUGUUAUAGAAGGGAAAAAGCCUUGGCUUUAAUUAUAAAUAUAAUAAAGCAGACAUUCAAUGUUGAAAUGCAAUGCAAUAUUUUUAUGUAAAGGGUGCCGCACUUGUGAAUAUUUACUCUGACGGAUCUGUGUUGGUGGCUCAUGGAGGUAUAGAGAUGGGACAAGGUCUUAAUACAAAACUUAUACAGAUUGCAUCAAGAGUGCUGGAAAUACCUAAAGAAAAGAUUCAUACGAUCGGUAGCAGUACAAGGGAAAUUCCGAAUACCAUGAUUACAGCUGGGAGCUUUGGCACAGACCUGUAUGGACCUGCUGUAAAGGAUGCUUGUGAAAACUUGAACAAACGACUUAUUCCUUUGAAAAGUGCGAUGCCUGAUGCAACAUGGGAGAAACUGAUUUUCAAAGCAUUUUUCUCACGAGUUCAAUUGUCGGCAACUGGAUUUAACUGUCCACAAAAACAGAAAACUGAUGGUGUUUAUGAUUAUUUUACCUAUGGGGUGGCUUGUUCUGAGGUAGAGAUUGAUGUGCUUACAGGAGAAAGCCAAGUACUUCAAUCGAACUUGUACGUGGAUUGUGGUAAAAGUUUAAACCCUACAAUUGACAUCGGACAGAUUGAAGGCGCGUUUGUGCAGGGAUUAGGUAUGGUUACCUCGGAGAAUAUGGAGAUAGAUGAAAAGGGUCGUCUGAACACCUGUAGUCCACUCGGGUACAAAAUACCUAAUAUAAAAAGUAUUCCAAGAAAGUUUAUUGUCAAAUUGCUGAAAAAUCACGAUAUCGUUACAAAUAUCUAUUCUUCAAAGUCCGUUGGAGAACCGCCAUUUAUAUUGUCAUUGUCAGUCCUUGCUGCAAUAAAAGAAGCCAUACAAUCUGCGCGUGCGCAGAUCGGUAUAACUGGAUACUUCAGGCUUGAUUGCCCAGCAACAGUACAGAGAAUUCAGGAAGCUUGCGGUCUACAAAUCAAAUUAUAACUGAAGAGAAAUAGUUUGUGGAUUUGUGAAUUGAUUCACUUGAUUUUAUAGUUGAAUAACGAUAUGAAUGAGAUAGUAACAAUAUUAUACUCACGAAAAUAGUGUAACAUAUAUCUUAUAAUACUGUCAUGUGUACCAGUAUAAUCUUAAUGAACAGCCGGGAUGUUCAGUUUCAUUUUCCCUACCUCACUUUUCUAUAUACAUGUAUAUUAAAAUAUAUAUCGAAGAAACCUCUUACGAUUAUUUGUAUUUUUGCUCCAUGUCAAGAAUUUUAGAAGCAGGCAUUGUUUUAAUGAAUGAAUUUUUCCAUCUCAAUUUUUCGUUUCUAUUGUCAUGAAAAAUAGAUAUCUGCAUGUAUUAGCAAUUGACCUUCUAUCUGUAUCUGAAAUGAGCAUUAAAAUGAAACCUCAUUUGUUUGUUUUUUCCUGUAUCGUUUGAUGUAACAAAUCAGUUAUCACACUUGCAUUUAGUCAAUUUUGUUCACAUUAACUUGAUCAACAGAACCCUUUAAUCGGAUAGACAGU